AUGAGUUUGCUCAUUGAAAUCCAACUAGUCGUAGCCUUGAGAAAGAGCUUGGCUGAAAACCUUGAUACCUUACCUAGGUACCUAGUGACGUUUCCGGGCCCCACCCAAGCUCCCCAAGCACAAGCACAAGCACAAGCACCAGGAGAGCUGUGGCCAACACACGUCCAAUCAAUCUCCACGACACGAACUCACACCUCGCGCUGGCCGCACACCAAGCCACUCUCAUCUAAACCCCCCAAGCGCCCCCGAGUCCGCCGUCCCAUCCUGCAACUGUCUACGUUGGCGCCGAAUUGUCCACAGAGCGCGCGUCCCACGGUCUCAUUCGGCUUGCCACCGCCCAACGUGGGCUAG